CCUCCACCGCCUCACUCCCAAGCCUGCCGCGCCAACGCUCCCUGCCCUCGUCCGGGAGGGAUGCCUUGAAAAGCUCCCGCCAAAAACUGACGAUUUUAUUACUGACACGAGUAUAUUAAGAAAGAAAACGUAUAUAUUUUUUUGGAAACGUUUAAAGGGUAUAACUAAGGGAGUCAAGCAACCAACGUCUCAGGCCAAAUCUUUACUAAGUUAUUGAUAAACGAAUAAAUUAAAGAUUAUGCAUGUGUUGAGUGCGGUGUUUGUGGUGGUGUGCGUCGGGCAGGUGUGUCAGGGAGCAUCACUACCCCAAGGACCGACUUCCCUUUUGCGCCACGCCUUUCCUGCCCCGGCCCCGCCCGAGCCUGGAGACUCGGCGACACACCCACACUUCAAGACUAAUGAUUAUAUCGCUUUAGAAAAGUAUUUGAGGACUGUGAUUAAAGAGAAAGAAAUGAAAUACCAAACACCAAGUGAGACAGGUACACAGGUAGGCACAGACAGACCAGACGAGGGGCGAGCGAGAGUGCCUGUGCCUGUGUCCCUGACGGGCACCAAGUCUUCUGCCAUCCCUCGCCGCCUUGGGGAUCCUUCAGUGGGGGUGGCAGAGCACAAGGCUGGGAGUAGACUGUAUCCCUCGCGACAUGUAAAGCCUUGGACAUCGCAUAGCAGUCCUGAGGUGCUGCCGGCGAGGAUGCCUUGUAAGGAUCCGAGGAAAUAUGUACCAAACAUUGCGACGGCGCCGCCCGGCGUGUGCGACCUCUGUCCGGACGAGGACGGCAAGAACCCGCUUGAUCCCUGCACAUGUGUGGGUGUCGGGGGGACGAGCACGGGCCAGAUCUCCAUCAACUGCCCGUCCACCAUCUACAGCUUGGACCAGAUUCGGGACAUCUUCCACAACACUGACUUCCUCGUCACCCACGUGUUUCAAUUCACCUUGCAGGGAUCCAGGGCGGACGGCGCUCUCACGCGGGACAUCUGGGGCGACUUGGACUUCAAAUACGUCUCCAUCAACGACAACAAGAUCACGGACGUGGACAACGGCGCCUUCAUCGGUUCCACUGAGACUCUCAUCAGCCUUAACUUAGCUAACAACGAGAUCAAGAGUUUCAUAGCGCUGUACAACGACUUGCCCAACCUGCUGUCCCUCAACCUGCGAGGCAACAACAUCUCUCUCAUCUUCUCCGAGGACUACAAAUACCCCUCGCUGACCGACCUCGACCUCUCAUCUAACCAGAUCAGCUCAAUCGGAACAAAAUCCUUUGCUGCGCUCAAGAAAUUAACGUCCCUCAACCUGUCGUACAACCAGCUGGCCAGUAUAGGGGACGACCGGUUCAUCUUCAUUGAUCACGAUUACUUCAAUGCUCUGGUCAUCGAUCUCUCACAUAACAAAAUUGCAGCCAUCAGUGACGCAGCUUUCUUGGGUCUCCGUAACGUGGAGAUCAACUUUCGCUUCAACCAGCUAGACACACUUAAGGAAAAUGUCUUCUACCCCAUCAUCCUCGACAGCCAGUACUACGCCUACUUCCAUUUCAGUGACAAUCCAAUGGUGUGUGACUGCCGCAUACUGUGGGUGCUGCGGGAUGGUAAGGCCCUCGCUUGUUUCGACAACUUCCUGUGUACCAAUAACAACAAGCAUCUGUACUCCCUCACCAUUGCUGACCUCGGCAACUGUUCCCUAUCCAGUGGAGUGGGUAACCCUUAACUAGUGAUCUCACACUUCUGAACACGGCCUCGCCUGCAUGUCCAUGGGAGUGGCAGAGCUUGCUUCAUCUCUGAACUUGCUUUGUUGAACAUGUCAUUAAUAUUCUGGUCCACGUUCUCCAUCAGUGUGCCUCCUCCGUCCUCCAAUCUACAAAGUUUAUUGGCCCGUAUUCUUAAGCGCUUGAUUCUCUCAUUUGGGCUAUUUUCUAAGGAUCCAUAAUUAACUUACAACUCUUGAAAGUAGUCGAUAUGAAGCGUCGAAAGGUCUAGGAAUACUCACCAUGGUGCUGUGAUCGCGAGAAAAUAUCAGAAACGAUGGGAGGAAUUUAAGUUUUAAACCUCAGCUGGCGGUAUGGAAGAGGUGUUUUCUUACACCUGGCUUCUGUGCGUCUUGUGGAUUUGGGGCAUAGAGGCUGAUGCAAAAUUUAGGAAUUACUGGACUGUUUUGAUCGUAGUGACUGUCAUCAGUAGAUAUUUUCUUUUGUGAUAUAAUAUUUGGGCUUGUAUAUUUAGACUCCUUGGUCUCUAAUAAGGACUGUUUUCAAGGAGCCACAGAGAUGAUCAGUAGUGUUCUCAUGGGAGUUACUCCUAUUGAUUGUGCCAAAGUUUUGUUAUACUGUGACCAGAAUCACGAACAUACGCUUGAAUACCCUGAUAGCUUCCGCUACAAUGUAUUCAAUGUUGGGAAUAUGACGACGAGAUGUUCGUGCGGGAAGAAACACGCCAUGCUCGGACACCCAGGACGACACUGCAGGAGUCACAGGACGCGGUAAUUCAUCACUGCCGGACUUCAAAAUGCAGUUUUAUUAGGUUUGAUCUGCUGGACACACACACACACACACUCUCUCUCUCUCUCUCUCUCUCUCUCUCUCUCUCUCUCUCUCUCUCUCUUGUUCUUAUGGAUAUCAUUUUUCGAUUAACCAAAUUGCUGUUAAAAUAUCGGCAAAGAACACGGAUUCUUUAAUUUAUAUAUCUAUCUGGUGUAUAUCCUUCAACUUGCAAUAGUUAAGGAUCUUAUAUAUGUUUUAUGAAUUCCUCGUGUACAGACACUACAUAAAUGUUUUCUUUGACUAUUCCAUGAUACUUAAGCGCGGGACAGUACAUUGUAUAGUCAUGUGGGACAGUGCCUGCGGAUCCGUGCAAACCAUCGAGGGUUAGAGACACGUGAAGCACCACGCAUUCUGUAUCUGUGUUCGUAUUUUACUGUCGAGGUCGAGGACUAGGAUGUGGUGAGAUAUCAAGCGUACAGCUCUUCCGCCCCACCCUGCACGCUGCUGCACGUGGAAUCAUCGUGCUGUUGUCACAUCACACAGGAACAAUUCUUUGUAAAUGUACUUAUUCAUGACUUGGGUAUUCCUGGUCCAAGGUACCGAUUUUUAUAUCUAUGCUUGUAGAUGUAAAUGUGCAUUUGAAUUCAAAGAAUGACUAUCUACUCA